CAGCAAUGGAGGAAACAGCUAUAUGGGAACAACACACAGUGACACUUCACAGGGCUCCUGGAUUUGGAUUUGGAAUUGCAAUAUCUGGUGGAAGAGAUAAUCCUCAUUUUCAGAGUGGGGAAACCUCCAUUGUAAUUUCAGAUGUGCUCAAAGGAGGACCAGCAGAAGGACAGCUGCAGGAAAAUGACCGAGUUGCAAUGGUUAAUGGAGUUUCAAUGGAUAAUGUUGAACAUGCUUUUGCUGUUCAGCAACUAAGGAAAAGUGGGAAAAAUGCAAAAAUUACUAUUCGAAGAAAGAAGAAAGUUCAGAUACCCGUAAGUCGUCCUGAACCAGAGCCAGUAUCUGAUAAUGAAGAAGAUAGUUAUGAGGAGGAGGAAGUGCAUGACCCACGAAGUAGCCGAGGUGCCGUGGGUAACAGGAGGAGUGAGAAGAGUUGGGCAAGAGAUAGGAGUGCAAGUAGAGAGAGGAGUUUAUCUCCACGGUCAGACAGACGAUCAGUGGCCUCCAGUCAGCCCGCCAAACCCACCAAAGUCACAUUGGUGAAAUCCCGAAAAAAUGAAGAAUAUGGUCUCCGAUUGGCCAGCCAUAUAUUUGUAAAGGAAAUUUCACAAGACAGUUUGGCAGCGAGAGAUGGCAAUAUCCAAGAAGGCGAUGUUGUAUUGAAGAUAAAUGGUACUGUGACAGAAAAUAUGUCAUUGACAGAUGCAAAGACAUUGAUAGAAAGGUCUAAGGGCAAGUUAAAAAUGGUAGUUCAGAGAGAUGACCGGGCUACCCUAUUGAACGUCCCUGAUCUUUCUGACAGUAUUCAUUCUGCUAAUGCCUCUGAGAGAGACGACAUUUCAGAAAUUCAGUCACUAGCAUCCGAUCAUUCUGGUCGCUCACAUGACAGACCUCCUCGCCGUAGCCGGUCACGCUCUCCUGACCAGCGAUCAGAGCCCUCUGAUCAUUCCAGACACUCUCCUCAGCAGCCCAGCAGUGGCAGUCUCCGGAGCAGAGAAGAGGAGAGAAUUCUUAAACCUGGAGCUGUUUCAACUCCAGUAAAGCAUGUAAAUGAUCACACACCCAAAGCAGUGGAAGAAGUUACAGUUGAAAGAAAUGAAAAGCAAACACCUACUCUACCAGAACCAAAGCCUGUAUAUGCCCAAGUUGGACAACCAGAUGUGGAUUUACCUGUCAGUCCUGCUGAUGGUGUCCUGCCUAAUUCAACCCAUGAAGAUGGCAUUCUUCGGCCCAGCAUGAAAUUGGUAAAAUUCAGAAAAGGAGAUAGUGUGGGUUUGCGGCUAGCUGGUGGCAAUGAUGUUGGGAUAUUUGUAGCUGGUGUUCUAGAAGAUAGUCCUGCAGCAAAAGAAGGCUUAGAAGAAGGCGAUCAAAUCCUCAGGGUAAACAAUGUAGAUUUCACCAAUAUCAUACGAGAAGAAGCUGUUCUUUUCCUCCUUGACCUCCCUAAAGGUGAAGAAGUGACCAUAUUGGCUCAAAAGAAGAAGGAUGUUUAUCGCCGAAUUGUGGAAUCAGAUGUAGGAGAUUCUUUCUAUAUUAGAACCCAUUUUGAAUAUGAAAAGGAAUCUCCCUAUGGACUUAGUUUUAACAAAGGAGAGGUGUUCCGUGUCGUGGAUACCUUGUACAAUGGAAAACUUGGCUCAUGGCUUGCUAUUCGAAUUGGCAAAAAUCAUAAGGAGGUAGAACGAGGCAUCAUUCCUAAUAAGAACAGGUAUUUUUUUAUUUACAUCAAACACAGAUUUUUACUUUUCUGGAAGACUGGAUACAAGAGUGAACCACGAGAUGCUGGAACUGACCAACGUAGCUCUGGCAUUAUUCGCCUUCAUACAAUCAAGCAAAUAAUAGAUCAAGACAAACAUGCUUUAUUAGAUGUAACACCAAAUGCUGUUGAUCGUCUUAAUUAUGCACAGUGGUAUCCAAUUGUUGUAUUUCUUAACCCGGAUUCUAAGCAAGGUGUGAAAACGAUGAGAAUGAGGUUAUGUCCAGAAUCUCGGAAAAGUGCCAGGAAACUAUAUGAACGAUCUCAUAAACUUCGUAAAAAUAAUCAUCACCUUUUUACAACUACAAUUAACUUAAAUUCAAUGAAUGAUGGUUGGUAUGGUGCAUUGAAAGAAGCAGUUCAACAGCAACAGAACCAGCUGGUCUGGGUUUCAGAGGGAAAGGCGGAUGGUGCUACAAGUGAUGACCUUGAUUUGCAUGAUGAUCGUCUGUCCUACCUGUCAGCCCCAGGUAGUGAGUACUCAAUGUAUAGCACGGACAGUAGACACACUUCUGACUAUGAAGACACAGAUACAGAAGGCGGGGCCUACACUGAUCAAGAACUAGAUGAAACUCUUAAUGAUGAGGUGGGGACUCCACCGGAGUCUGCCAUUACACGGUCCUCUGAGCCUGUAAGAGAGGACUCCUCUGGAAUGCAUCAUGAAAACCAAACAUAUCCUCCUUACCCACCACAAGCCCAGCCACAACCUAUUCAUAGAAUAGACUCCCCUGGAUUUAAGACAGCCUCUCAACAGAAAGCAGAAGCCUCAUCUCCAGUCCCUUACCUUUCGCCUGAAACAAACCCAGCAUCAUCAACCUCUGCAGUUAAUCCCAAUGUAAAUUUAACUAAUGUCAGACUGGAGGAGCCCGCCCCAGCUCCUUCUACCUGUCACUCACCACAAGCUGAUUCUUUAAGAACACCAAGUGCUGAGGCAGCUCACAUAAUGCUAAGGGAUCAAGAAGCAUCACUGCCGUCGCAUGUAGAUCCAGCAAAGGUAUAUAGAAAAGAUCCAUAUCCUGAGGAAAUGAUGAGACAGAAUCACAUCUUGAAACAACCAGCAGUUGGCCACCCAGGCCAGAGGCCAGACAAAGAGGCAAAUCUGACCUAUGAACCCCAACUUCCAUACUUAGAGAAGCAAGCCAGCAGAGACCUUGAGCAGCCCACAUACAGAUAUGACUCCUCAAACUAUACGGACCAAUUCUCUCGAAACUAUGACCAUCGCCUGCAAUAUGAAGAACAAGUCCCUCCCUAUGAAGAACAGUGGUCUUACUAUGAUGACAGACAGUCCGCCCAGCCUCGUCCCCCUUUCCAUAGUCAGCCUCCUCGAGACCUUGACUCCAGACAGCUACCAGCAGAGCCCUCAGAACGAGGCUAUUUCCAACGUUUUGAAGAACCAGCCCCUCUCUCCUAUGACAGUAGACCACGCUAUGAACCACCACCUAGAACCUCCACCCUACGACGUGAAGAGCAGCCAGUCCCCGGAUAUGAUAUACACAGCAGAUACAGACCGGAAGCCCAGCCCUACUCAGCUGCUCCUAAGCCCUCGGAGCCCAAGCCGUAUUUUGACCAGUACUCACGAAAUUAUGAGCAAGUAGCAUCACAAGGAUUUACCUCCAAAGCAGGCCUUUACGAGCCUCUUCAUGGUGCUGCGCUUGUCCCUCCUCUGCUACCUUCCUCCCAACAUAAGCCCGAAGCCCUUCCUGCAACUGCCAAACCAUUGCCCCCACCCCCAACCCUAACUGAAGAGGAAGAGGAUCCGGCAAUGAAACCACAGUCUGUUCUCACCAGAGUUAAAAUGUUUGAGAACAAAAGAUCCGCAUCCUUGGAGAACAAGAAGGAUGGGACUGACACUGUCAGUUUUAAGCCAUCAGAAGUAGCAUCGAAACCUCCAGGUGCCCCCAUCACUGCCCCUAAGCCCACGUCUCAGAAUCAGUUCAGUGAACAUGACAAAACUCUCUACAGGAUCCCAGAACCUCAAAAACCUCAGGUGAAGCCUCCUGAAGAUAUCGUUCGGUCAAAUCAUUAUGAUCCUGAGGAAGAUGAAGAGUAUUAUCGAAAGCAGCUCUCAUACUUUGACCGAAGAAGUUUUGAGAACAAACCACCUGCACACAUUCCUGCCAGCCACCUACCAGAGCCUGCCAAACCUGGUCAUUCUCAGAAUCAACCAAAUUUUUCUAGUUAUUCAAAGGGAAAAGCUGACACCGAUGCUGAUAGAACGUUUGUGGAGAAACGCUAUGACCCCAUGCAGGCCUCGCCACCUCCUCCCCCACUGCCCUCCCAGAACCCGCAGCCAGCUCCGCCCACCGCUGCCUCGUCCCUCCACAUGCACAUGCAUUCCAAGGGCACUCACGGUGAAGGUAACUCAUUGGACUUUCAGAAUUCCUUAGUGUCAAAACCAGACCCUCCUCCAUCUCAGAGUAAGCCCACAGCAUUCAGACCACCUAACCGAGAAGACACUGCUCAGACUUUCUAUCCCCCCAAAAGUUUCCCAGAGAAAGCUCCUGUCAACGGAGCUGAACAGACUCAGAAAACGGUCACCCCCGCAUAUAAUAGGUUCACACCUAAACCAUAUACAAGCUCUGCUCGACCAUUUGAACGCAAGUUUGAAAGUCCAAAAUUCAACCACAAUCUUCUGCCCAGUGAAACUGCAUAUAAGCCUGACUUGUCUUCAAAAACGCCUGCUUCUCCAAAAACUCUCCUAAAAGCCCACAACUCAUCACAGCCUCCUGAGUUUGACAGUGGAGUUGAAACUUUUUCCAUCCAUGCGGAUAAACCAAAAUAUCAAAUAAAUAAUAUCAGCGCAGUAUCUAAAGCCGUUCCUGUGAGUCCUUCAGCUGUAGAAGAAGAUGAUGAGGAUGGGCACACUGUGGUGGCCACAGCCCGAGGCGUUUUUAACAGCAAUGGAGGGGUGCUGAGCUCCAUAGAAACUGGCGUUAGCAUCAUUAUCCCACAAGGGGCCAUUCCUGAAGGGAUUGAACAGGAAAUCUACUUCAAGGUCUGCCGAGACAACAGCAUCCUCCCACCUUUAGAUAAAGAGAAAGGUGAGACUCUGCUGAGCCCCCUGGUGAUGUGCGGGCCCCAUGGCCUCAAGUUCCUGAAGCCCGUGGAGCUGCGCUUACCACACUGUGAUCCUAAAACGUGGCAAAACAAGUGUCUUCCUGGAGAUCCAAAUUACCUUGUUGGCGCCAACUGUGUAUCUGUCCUGAUUGACCACUUUUAAUUCUUAAAAUAUAGGAACUUGAUUAAAUAAUGUGAAACUGGGUUGAACUUACUAAAUCUAAAUGGAACCACUCUAUUAAGUAUUAUACUUUCCUUAGGAUUGAUACUACAUUUUGUUAGUAUUAAGCAUUUGUUGGAACUGAUGAAGAUUAGUAAGUGAGCCCUGAACCACGGUCAGAAAAUGUGCUACAAAUGGCACGUUGGUGGUGGAGGAGCUGUUGGUAUUGGCUAGAGGUUCAAAGAUACUUUACUUUGUAAUGGCUUUUGUACUUUUUUAUGGUCACUGCUUAACUUUACAUACUGAUUUCCGUUAAAAUGCCAGCCAGUAAAGAGGAGUGCAUUCGGGUUCUGUCCUUUCCAAAGUACACGGUUUCAAGCUGUAUUAUGACCCUGACCUUGCAUACACAUUUUACUGUGGUAUGCAUGAGAUCAUAUGCACAUGUUUUUUAAAUGCACCUGGAAUAUACAACCACUGUAGAUGAUUUAGCCGACAUGUACAGCCGGGGAAUUUGUAACUUUGGGGGAAUCAAAUGAAGAUAAUUACUUAAUGUGUAUGAAGACACAUUUCUCUUAGGGAAGGACACCAAAGCAUGUGAGACUGGUUCCAUAAACUAACCACAUCACCGCAGACACUACGCAGCAGGAAUGCCUUACCCUCCUCUUCUUACUUCUUAGAUCAUUCUUGCUAUGUAUUACCAAGUUUUGAUGGCUUUGUGCAUAUCUAGAUACUGUAUCAUGAAAACAAUUGAGUGGAUUGUGGACUUGGUGGCUGUGGAAAUGUGUGAUCACCCAGAAGAAAAUAAUGGUGUGAUUUGAAGGGGGGGGUGGGCUUUUUUCUUUCUUUCCUCCUGUCUUCCUUUCUCCCUCUCUCUCUCUCUCUCUCUCUCUCUCUUUUUUUUUUUAGGGGCAGUGGCUUUCUUUUAGGCUAUGCAUUUGAAAAUUUCAAUGUUUUAAGGAUGCUUGUACAUAAUGCGUGCAUACCACUUUUGUUCUUGGUUUGUAAAUUAACUUUUAUAAACUUUACCUUUUUUAUACAUAAAACCAACUUUCUAAAGGCUACCUUUGUAUUUCUCCUGUACCUCUUGAGCCUUGAACUUUGACCUCUGCAGCAAUAAAGCAGCAUUUCUAUGACGCACGUCAUUUUUUUAAGAAAAAAGAAUGCACAGAGUUGUUACAUUUUUAAGUGCUGCAUUUAAAAGAGACAGUUACUCAGAAUUCUCUAGUUUGAUUAAAUUCUUGCAAAGUAUCCCUACUGUAAUUUGUGAUACAAUGCUGUGCCCUAAAGUGUAUUUUUUUACUAAUAGACAAUUUAUUAUGGCACAUCAGCACGAUUUCUGUUUAGAUAAUACACCACUACAUUCUGUUAAUCAUUAGGUGUGACUGAAUUUUCUUUUGCGGUUAUUAAAAAAAUCUCAAAUUUCUAAAUCUGCAGAAUAAAACUUUUUAAAAUAAUGCACUGGUUUGGUCUGUUUGCCCAUUGUUUCUGGUUUCAUGCAACUCUGUCAUCCUGCAUCAGAACCCUCCAUGCUAGUCAGCACUUGCAGUGUCUUCCCCACAGACCACGCCUGCUGCUGAGGAAGGGGAGGGGUGGGUCAGGGCCAGUCAGAGUAAAUCCGAAAGUAGGCAGAGCAGCAGGCUUAUAUUCUUUGUCCUUUGGGCAUAAUUAAGUGUAAAGCAUGUCAUGUCUGUUCAUUUGGACCAGUUAGUAGAUGCACUUCCAUUCCCCGCAAACAGCAUGGGCAUUUUAAUGUGGUCACUGCACUUGGAGAAGUGGGUAUUCUAGCUACAAAUACUCCAUUAAGGAGAGUAUGUAGCCCUACUCUUGUGACAUAUACUUGGUGUAAUAUUUUAGUAGACAUCUCUAUGGAUUUGCUUUCCUUUUGAAUGGUAAGGCACAGUCAGAGUUGUCUAUGUUGGUAUGCACAGUCAUGAAUGUCACCACUGUCAGUAUGUAGAGCCUUUGGUCACCCCUUCCUCCUCCUCUCCUCUUCAGGAGCUCCUUGUACCUAUUUAAACUCAGUCCAUCCACCAGCCCUGUGUGAUCUGUUUUCUGUCCUGGUACUUUGGUAUUUCUGAGUGUGCCGUAUACAAGGAAGACUAGCUUUGGAGUCUGGCAUCUGGGCAUGGUGAAAUAAAGCGUGUGGUGUUACAGAUGUUUA